AUGCGUGUUGUUACUAUCUGGACUGUUCUUGCAUUAUGUGUUGUCGCGACUGUAUAUGCUGCACCUGUUAAUGAAACCCACCUCCAAGUGCCACAACGUCCGAGCUUGUCUCAAGCAAACUCAACCGGAUCCACGAUAUCCUUUUCUUCCAUCGGCUCCGGAGAAUCCGAUAUAUCGAGCAAGCGUGUUCAGGUACAAGUCAAUGAUGGAACAGAGAGUUAUUCGGAUGAAGUCUAUGUACAAAUCACAGUCGUCGUUAAAGCUGUAGCGAAGGCGUGGGGCGAGAAGGAUUCUUUUGAUCUGACAGUCGAAUUCUACAAGCCUGCGAAGAAAUCCGUCGAACGGCCCAGUUUCCCAAUCGCUUUCCAUCUCAUUGGGGAUAUGACGGACUGUGAACCUGCAACAAACCUCAAAUUUCCUUGUGUCGGCCAACUCGAUAGUAUGAAUCCCCCGAAGGGUGUCGUCAUGUCCCUCAUUACGAUGAAGAAUUACGAUACGCAAGAGCUGGACAAGAUGAGGAAACGGCAAGGACAAUAG